AAAUUAAAUUUGCUAACCAAAAAAUGAAUACAAGUUAGGGUAACUUGAUUAUGACGGACAGAGUGAAAAUGGAGCUAAAGUAUUUCUGUGAAGCACUUCCUAAAAUAGAACUGCAUGCACAUUUGAACGGUUCAGUGAGUCCUCAGACACUCAAGAAACUCCAAAAGUUGAAGAGCAAUGGAGAUAAUUCAGCAUCCAUGCCAGACAUGGAAAAGUUUACGACACUAAAAGAGUGUUUCCAAAUGUUCAAUCUGGUACACUCCUUAACUGACACUCCGGAAGCUGUAUUUUUAGCGACACAUGAUGUAAUUCAGGAAUUUCACGAUGAUAACGUGAUUUAUCUCGAGCUGAGAAGCACCCCGAGAUCGAUAAAGGACCAGAUGACAAAGGAAGAGUACAUCGAGGCCAUCAUCAAAGCCAUUGAGGCAUGUAAAUGUAAAACUCCCGGUAUUCUGGUUAAAUUAUUAAUCUCAGUGAAUAGAAAGGAGGGAUUUACCAAUGCAGAGGAGAAUAUUAAAUUGGCAGUUAAAUAUCAUCGACAGUACCCAAUGAUAAUUGUGGGUAUUGAUUUGAGCGGGGAUCCAACUGAGGGAGAGGCUUAUAUUAAUCUCUUGCAGAAUUGCCGAGAUGAAGGAUUGAAAAUCGCUGCACAUUGUGCUGAAGUCCCAAAUGAAGAAGAAGUCGUGGAUAUUUUGAAUUUCAAGCCAGACCGACUCGGCCACUGCACAAACAUUCAUCCCAAUUUAAAAGGAACUCAAAAGAUCUACAGAAUGCUUUUAGAUUCUCGCAUUCCGGUUGAAUUGUGUCUGACAUCAAAUCUGAAAUGCAAAACUGUGGCAUCCAUCACUGAACACCAAUUUCCAUAUUUUUAUAAAGAAAAACAUCCCGUGUGCAUUUCAACGGACGAUAAGGGAGUUUUCAGUACGAGCUUAUCGGCUGAGUUUCAGCUAGCUGGUAAAAACUUUGGCCUAGAUAACAAUGAGCUGAAGAAUUUGUCCUUGUCUGCUGUUGAAUACUCAUUCGCCACGAAUGAGGAAAAAUGCAAACUGACCGAAAAAAUUAAAUUGUUCUCUCCUUGUUCAAAUACCUGUGAUUAAAAAUGAAAAAAAUAACUCGAAUAUGUAAUUUCUAUUUUUCUACUUUGAAAUAUAAUACAAGGCUCAAUUACUUUCGAUUGUUGUUGUUUUUUUUUAUUAAUAAUCGUGAGACACGUGUACAUAGAUUUACAGAUGAUAACUAAGCAGCUACCUUAUUCGAGAAAAUUGAAAAUAAAACCACGGUAAUUGAACGUUAUCAAUCUUCUCGUAUCUAUUCAUUUUUAUCAUUUCAAUGGAGUCAUAUAUUUACACAACAUUCAUUUUAUCGUUAUAAUUCGCCUCUAACUGCGGUACAAUUGCAAUUUUUUAUGAUUAAAAUUUCCUCAUUUCAUCUUAUUUUGUCAUUUAACUAAGCGCCGGGGGCACUACUGACACACGUACGAGAAUAAGUGCCCUAAUACCUUCAAUAAAAUAUAAAGAAUGCCUGUCAAUCGAAUCACAAUCGAGCAUGACAAGAAUAUUUAUAUUCAUCUAUUUAAAUAUUGCGUUUCACAGCGAAUUUCCUUCAUACUUCCGUCCAUUACCUAAACGUGUCAUUUUUUAUCUAUAAAUUAUGUCAAUUAUUCAAGUAUCUCAAUGAAUUGAAAAUUAUUAAAGGGAAAAGUCAAGUGGACUGCAAACACAGCACCAAUUGUCAAACAAAUAAUUUCAAAUUCAUUCGAAAAGUUCAUCACACGCGUAACAAUUCAAUCAUAAUCGAACAAAUCACUAUAUAUUUUUAAAUAAAUUCAAUUUUGUAACUAAAAUCAAUCUUUCCAAUAGCCAAAAUUCAUAAUUUCUCGUAAUCGAUAAAAAGCGGGACUAAUUGAGAUUCAAUUUUACAUCGAGCAUUAAUUCAAUACAACGAAAAAAUAUAUUAGUUAUAGCGACAAUAAUACCUAAUGAUUUUUUUCAAAGAGCAAUGCAAUGACAAUAAUUGGUGAUGUCGACAAUAUAUAAUGUGAGAAAUUGUUUCUAGAGUAAUUAUUCAUCAUACAACAGUCUUUUUUGGCUAAACUCAUCUCGAAAAAGCAUCUAUCCACAAGAGAGGACUUCCCAGUUGUCUCCCGAAAUCAUCGAAAAUUAACCGAAGAAUAAAGAGAGAAAAUAAAACAAGAAAUUGUAAAAAAUUACGCCACCACUUGACAAUCAUAAAACUACGCAACUUGUUCAAACCUCGCCACUGCCACUGUUAUUUAUUACACACUAAUAUCUUACUGUCACUACACACAUAAUCCUACAAUCUAUGACUAUAAAAAAAAAA